CUAUUUCGCAGAAACCACCCGAAGCAGAACCAGCAUGACUGUCCGGGCCGACUACGACGUGGUCGUUCGCGGCCAGCUCACGGCCGACAUCGAGGACGACCUCGCGCAGGUCGAGAUGCAGGCCGCGCAGAUCAAGACGCAGACCGCGACCUUUGUGCCCCACAAGUCGCCGACGUCGCAGUACAAGCUCGUCGCGCUCCUCCAGACGAGCAACCUCAUCCAGCGCCUCAUCUCGGGCAUCCUCCUUGGGUCUGCGGUCACGGUGUACCUCGUCCUUGGUCCGCGCUCGGCGCCCAUCUACCUCUGCUCGUUCGUCGUCUCGAUCUGCAACUACGAGUAUGCGUGGCUCGCCGAGCGCAUUACGCACCGCUUCACGACGUCGUACCUCGACGACUGCCUCGGCGACGUACACAGCGCGGGCAUGUGCGCGAUCCGCCCGUUUGAUGGCGUCCGCCGUGCCGUCUCGCCGAUCGCGUGCGGCUACCCGCGCGUCGCCGCCGGGAUCCUCGCGACGCUCCUGACCGCCGGCAUGACGCUCUCCGUCACGCACCUCGCCGUCGACGUCCUGUCGUACAAGGACAGCCAUCUCGGCAUCGACGAGUUCCUCGUCCUCGACCUCACGCUCUAUGUCGCGCUCACGACGUGGCUCACGACGUUCAGCGCGCUCCUGACGCCGAGCUUUCACUGCAUGCUGAACGUCUUCUUCCAGCAGUACGCGUACGGCCUCGUGACGAUCACGCAUUACUUUUGCUUCCACUACGACAACAAGUGCUACGGCAUGCUGAACACGAGCAAGGGCCGGUGGCUCGCGCUCAUCUUCAUCUUUGGCAACCGCCUCCCGCUCUUGACGCGCGUCUCGCCGGCCGCGGCCAUCGAGAGCUUCGUGCGCAUCCUGCUUGACGUCAUUGGCUUUGCCUACAUCGUGCUGCUCAUGCAGCCGAUCGCGGACCUCCUCAUUGAGGUCGAUGGCGCCGAUCGCAUCGCGCUCGGCUUCCUCGCGGUCGUCUGGGGCACCGACACGGGCGCGUACGUCAUGGGCCACUUUCUCAAGCACAUCAAGUACAAGCGGCUGCAUCCGCUCGCCAAGCACAUCUCGCCCAACAAGGACGUCGAGGGCAGCCUCGGCGGCGUCGCCCUCGGUGUCGGCGCCGUCUUGCUCGUUGACGCGCUCAUGAAGCUGCCGCUCGACUUGACACCCGAGAUCGUCGAGCUCCAGCGCAUCCACCGCAUCCUCUUUGCGGUCGUCGGCGGCCUCCUCUCGCGCUACGGCGACCUCUUUGCCAGUCUCCUCAAGCGUCUCGCUGGCGUCAAGGACACGGGCACCUUGAUUCCUGGCCACGGCGGCCUCCUCGACCGCGUCGACGCACUCCUCUUCGUCGGCGCUGUCUUUGCCUUGUACCAUCGCGGGGCCUUCGCGCCCUACUACGACAAGAGGAUCGACGCGUCGUACGUCACGUCGCUCGUCAACUCGGACGACCUCUACACGCGCCUGACCAACGCCGGUAUAACGUACAUCACGUCGCCGUAGCUCCGCCUCGUUGUCAACUCUUCGUUCGCCUUCUGCACCAUCGUAUAAGAUAUAUAUAAGUUAUUCUCACCGC